CGGGAAGGUAAAUCCCUCCACUUGCCACAAUGUGGCAAGCACACCGACAGCUAGCUGCUGUCAGCAGAAGUUGAGCUUGCUGCUGCAGUGAGUAAUACUUCACAAAACGGGGACCAAGACACGUGUGUUCAUUUUUUCUUUGGAGAGGGGAGUUUCUUGUAGCAUUAAAAACAUUGUAUGUAAUAGGAAGUAUAACUUUGUUUUCCCAUAUCAACCAUGUUGUGAUGCUGGUGUUGUCCUUGUGAUGACCAUUAGUGGGAGGCUGGGCAGGGAUGUGAAAUACAUUUAUAACCUGAGUGUAAUUUGCUCUGUUUAUAAGCGAGCAUCAGUUCUUGCACACAAGUGGUCAAACAGCAAGCAGGGCAGACACUCCUUAGGAACCUCAUCUCUGUGCUAAGGCUCUGGUUUCCAGGAAGCAAUUUUUCCCCUUAAGAAUUAUUUAAUCAGAGAAAAAUCUUCUGGUACUCACAACUGCUGCUAUAUAGAACUUGGCAUUGCAAAGAAAGUAACAACAACAUGGCACGGCUGCCAGAGGCUGAACACUCUCUGAAGCAAUAGGAGAGCAGAUGUGUAGAAGAUUGUACAUAGCAGUGCCACUGGCUGUGCACAAUAACUUUCAAAGUUCUAACCCCUGACACAUAAUCAGGUACAAAAGGCAUUUGUUAUAGCCAUUUUAUCCUAAUGCUGAAGGUAUUAUUCACUGAAUGCAUUUCUCAUUUACUUCCCAUGUUCAGACAAUGUGUUCUAGACAGUGUGCAAGUUCUGCUAUUGCAAGUCAUUUCUACCUGGCUGUAGAAAGAAACAGGAUUGCUACAAUAAAAAAAAAAAAAAAGAAGAAAAAAGAAAAAGUAUUGCCAAUGCUCCACUUACAAGAAGGGGGUGGAGGGAAACGCAAAGGCAAAAGCAAAAAGUGGAAGGAAAUCUUGAAAUUCCCUCACAUUAGCCAGUGUGAAGAUCUCCGAAGAACAAUAGAGAGAGAUUACUGCAGCAUAUGUGAAAAGCAGCCGAUCGGAAGGCUUCUCUUUCGGCAGUUCUGUGAAACUCGACCUGAGCUCGAGUGCUGCAUUAGGUUCCUUGACUCAGUGGCAGAAUAUGAAAUUGCUCCAGAUGAAAAGCUGGGAGAGAAAGGAAAGGAAAUCAUGAUGAAAUACCUCACCCCGGAGUCUCCAGCCUGCGUUCCCGAAGUCAGUCAAGAUCUUAUCCAACAAACAGAGGAGAAACUCGAAAACAGCCCCUGCAAAGAGCUAUUUUCUCACUGUACAAAAUCUGUCCUUGACCACCUCAGUGGGGAACCAUUCCAAGAAUACCUAAACAGCAUGUACUUCGACCGGUUUCUCCAGUGGAAGUGGUUGGAAAGGCAACCAGUAACAAAAAACACGUUUCGGCAGUACAGGGUAUUAGGGAAAGGCGGCUUUGGGGAGGUCUGCGCUUGCCAAGUCCGAGCGACAGGGAAGAUGUACGCCUGCAAGAGAUUAGAGAAGAAGAGAAUAAAAAAGAGGAAAGGCGAAUCCAUGGCACUAAAUGAAAAGCAGAUUUUAGAAAAAGUCAAUAGUCAGUUUGUAGUCAAUUUAGCUUAUGCCUAUGAAACAAAGGAUGCACUGUGUUUAGUUUUGACCAUAAUGAAUGGAGGUGACCUGAAGUUUCAUAUCUACAACAUGGGAAAUCCAGGCUUUGAGGAGGAAAGAGCUUUGUUUUAUGCAGCAGAGAUUCUUUGUGGCUUAGAAGACCUACAUAGAGAAAAUACUGUGUACAGAGAUUUGAAGCCAGAAAAUAUACUGCUAGAUGAUUAUGGCCAUAUUAGAAUAUCUGAUUUGGGUCUAGCUGUUAAAAUCCCUGAGGGUGAAUCAAUACGUGGAAGAGUGGGAACAGUAGGGUAUAUGGCUCCAGAAGUGUUGAACAAUCAGAGAUACACACUCAGCCCUGACUACUGGGGGCUAGGCUGUCUCAUUUAUGAAAUGAUUGCUGGGCAAUCACCAUUUCGUGGAAGGAAAGAGAAGGUGAAGAGGGAAGAAGUGGACAGAAGAGUGCUGGAGACAGAAGAGGUGUACUCCCAUAAGUUUUCUGAGGAGGCCAAGUCCAUCUGUAAAAUGCUCCUCACCAAAGAUGUGAAGCAGCGGCUAGGAUGUCAAGGGGAAGGUGCAGCAGAAGUGAAGAGGCACCCCUUUUUCAAGAGCAUGAAUUUCAAGCGGUUAGAAGCGGGAAUGCUGGAUCCUCCCUUUGUCCCUGACCCCAGAGCUGUAUACUGCAAGGAUGUGUUGGACAUUGAGCAAUUCUCCACAGUGAAAGGAGUUAACCUGGACCAAACAGAUGAUGAUUUCUAUUCCAAGUUUUCCACAGGAUCAGUGUCUAUUCCAUGGCAAAAUGAGAUGAUAGAAACAGAGUGUUUCAAAGAACUGAAUGUAUUUGGACCAAAUGGUACUAUUUCACCAGACCUAAACAAAAGCUACCCCCCAGAGCCACCCAAGAAAGGAUUGCUACAGAGAAUAUUUAAAAGACAGCAUCAGAACAAUUCAAAGAGUUCUCCAAAUUCAAAGACCAGUUUAAAUCACCACAUAAAUUCAAAUCACGUAAGUUCAAACUCCACUGGAAGCAGCUAGUUCCAACUCAGUUUUAUGAAACAACAUGUUGCAUCCUUCCACUAUAAUCUAUGGAGCUUCUACGGAUGAGAGAGCCUCCACCGUUGAGUGAAAAAAAAAAAAAAAUGAUCUCCCAAAAAUGGAGAUUUUCUAUCCAUUCCUUCCAGUGGAGCCUCGCAUUUUAAGAAGAAUUUUCCACUCAGGUCUGUUUUUGGAGGUGGCACUCAAGACUGUGUGAAUCAAAUUUGUCUAUUUAGAACAUUGCAAUAGAAAUUCAAUGAACAUGACUACUUGCACGUAUUUAAAUAGCAUCAUUCUAGAACUGAAUUUUGUCUUUAUUAUUUUUAAAGAAAAGUUUUGUAAAUUUCUCUAUUGUCUCAGUUUACAUUUUGUACAUUUGUAUUUAAAUGAAAGUCAGACUUUGGAGGUGUAUAUUUUCCAAGCAGCAGCUGUAAAGCCAUGUGUUUUAAGACAUUUUUUUAAAAGAAAAAAAAAUGUGACUCAAGA